GAGGGAGCAGCGUCCAUCCGUCCAUCCGCACGGCAGCUCCUCUCACUCCUCUCCCCCCGGCAGCCAUGGCACCGCCCGGCGGCUCCGCCGUCCUCAUCCUCACCGCUCUGCUGUCUGCGGCGGCCGCUCCCCACAAACCCACAGCGCUUCCGAGCCCGGCCAACACAACAGUGCCGUGGCCGCUGGGGAUGUGGCACUUCGUGGCCGGGGCCGCCCAGCUGCCCCAGCACCUCCUGGACCUGCUGCUCAUCGACCACGGCCACCUGCACGUGCAGCCCGGCGGCGGGCAGGAGCUGCUCAUCACCCAGCAUGUGGCAGUGGGCGACCGAUGCCUCUCCAACAACUCCACCUCCAUCCACCUGGGCGCCAACGGCACGGCGCUGCUCAGGCACGCCCAGACGCAGCACAUCCUGGGGACGGCGACAAAGCUCGGCUCUGAGGACACUCUGCUCAUCCAGCACCACGUGCAGAGGGAGGAGACGUAUUCAGCACUGUAUCUCUAUGCCCGCAAUCGGACGGUGAGCAGUGAGCAGCAGGACGAGUUGGGCCGGCGUGCAGAGAGGCUGGGGCUGAGCAGAGGGGCUGCGGUGUACGCACCGUGGAGGAAGGAGCUGUGCCAGCCGGGAGAGAAGGAAAGAGCAGAAGAAAGGAAGAAUGGAGGGGCGCGAGGCGCAGCCCCGCCGAGCGUCCCAACGGGCAGCCCGCGGCAAUAAAUGCUCUGCUCGGAGCUGCAGCACCGCCUGGGCAGCAACUGCGGAAAGGAACCGAGCAGCCGCUUUGCUUCGUGCGCCGUCGCGUUGGGACGGGGCGCCCUGCAGGGCCAGCAGUGGGUGCGGGCGGGCAGCGCGGGGCGCGCGGCGAGCGGAUGCCACGCAGGGCGGCGGUGGGGAUGACCAGGAGAGGGCAAUCGGCGCCCGCUCGUGAGGCUGCGGAUCGAAACCGUCCCGACGGGGUUUUGCUCCUCCAAAAAGGGCUCGAUGUGUUCCGGCACCGGGCCGGGCCGCAGCCCCGGCAGCCCCCCCCCCAGGCAGCGCGGUUGCUCUGCGGUUGUGGAAGCGGGAGGUUAAACGAGGCCAGAGCUGAGCUGGAGGGUAAUUGAGGCUCAGCUCUCACCCGGCAAUUAAGCGCUGCAAAUUUCUCCUUAAAAAGGAAGAAAAGGAGGCAGAGCAGCAGAGCUCUGCCCCCCGCUGCGGCGAUGGGGCGCCCCUGCCCUGUAAGGCAGCGCCGCUCUAUUGAGCCUUCGCGGAAGGAAGCGGGGCUGGAAGCGUCGUACGAAGCGUUGUACGAAGCGAGACGUGCAGACGCACUCCCGGACCCGGGGCAGGGAAACGCCAACGCUCUGCUCACACAGCCCCACAGCUGCGCCCCUCACCCUGCAGCCAAAGGGCAGUGCGGGGCAGUGGGUGCUGCCGGGGCCAGAGAACACCCCCAGUGACAUCAGCUGACAUCACGGGGUGCAGUCCUCAGAUUGCGAGGAGCAGCGCUUGACAGGAGCAAAACAAAACCUCUUCUGAGAGCCUCUACAGCCCGGUUCCUUCGUGGGCACAGUGCACUGCAGAGCUCGGUGUCGUGCAGACACUGAACGGAGGAGCAAAAUCCAACAGCACGCAGCCGAGCUGACAGCCCCCACGUGUCCCUGCCCCUUCCCCAUCACCAGUCAUUCUUCUUACGUCUCAUUUGCACUCUUCUUUCCAUCAGGAAGAAUUCUGUCCUCCCAGGUCCUUGUAGGGAAAACCACGGCCACCAUCAGCAUCAUUGUGAGGAGGAACGAUCCGACUGCAGACAGCAGCAGGCUCAUGCUCCUCGUGCCAGGAGGACACAACCCCCCAUAGAGAGCCGUGGACACGGGGGGGUCUCUUUGACAGACCUUUAUUAGCAGACUGUUCCCUACAUGAAGAAUCCGAGUUAGAUUUGCAUUAUAACAAUUUGUGGUUACAGCUACAAAGACAGUUGUCAUUUUGCAUUGAUUUUUGCGUUCUGAUAUUCAUUGUCUCAUUAGGCCACACUGGUAGGAAGAAGCCACUGCAAAAAUUUACCAUAAAUCUUAGGGAAAAAAAAAAACAAAGAAAGAAAGAGGGAGGUGGGAAAAAACUCUUAAUCGCUGAUGUGGAUCACUUGGAUUCCCACACAACUGAUGCUGGCAGCGCUGUCAGAGCAGAGCCCCACCUGGAAGACCCUCCAUGAACCACACUCAGCUGCUGAGUGCCAGCAGAGCCUCUUCUGAUUGCUGGCACGCUCCUCCACCACGCUGCACGUGAGGAGCGGUGGCUCAGCAGCAGGAUCUGCUGAUCCAAAACACAACCGCAGCAUCUCGUGUCUGAGGGCAAAUUCCCUCCCAUCCCUCUGGAAAGCCACUUUUUCUUCAGUCCUCGAGUUUUCUCCCUCCUCCCCCUUCACAGCCUCCCCAGGAUCGCUCUCCUUCAGCCACUGUGACACCCGACAUGCACAGACCUCCCUUCCCAACUUCCCCCCAAACCCUCUCAGCCACGCGUGGAGGCGAUUCCAAGUAAGGUCAGCCCCGCAGCGCCCUCUGCCCCCAUCCCCGCUUCCUCACCAGCUCCCUUCUCUCCCAUGGCUUCCUGCUACAGCAUUUCUCCGGGCUGAGGUCCUCCAGCAACAACCCCACGCUGGGGAAAGGCAGCUCAGACCCCCCCGGGAAGGGAUGCUACCGACUUUAGUGCCUUCCCCACGAACUCAGCUGCGUGAUGUGAGAGAACAGAUAGAGAACUUUUUAAAACAGGAGAAAUACAAGCACAGUAACAAUAUUUAAACAAGUCUAUAAAAAUAGUCUGGCAUAAAUCUGUUCAAAUAAAUACAAAAUAAAUAUGCUUUAAGCAGUAAAACAGUGGAAUGCAACGGUGGUCCAUCUUGCCCAAAAUGAAGAAUCGGAUGAGGAUCUCCCAGGCCUCAGCAGCCAGAUCCCAUCCACUAAAGUAGCCCAUAACACAGAGAAAUCUUAAAGCCGUCCCUUUCCCUUAGCCCUAUGAAAAGCACCCUCUGAAAGGAAAGCAAGCGUGUUUUCAGGACUGAACUGACGUCUCCCAGUGACAACCAGCCCUUCCCUUGCAGCCCUCCCCAUGGCAGACAGACUCCUGGCUCGGGGACUCCAUCCCGCUAAUGCAAACCUGAACAUCAAACUACAAAGAGGUCUAAAGAGAUAGGUAGCAGCGUAGGCACGGCGCUUGGAAAGGUCCAUCAGCCACCCCGGGCACCGGGCAGAAUGGAAUUCAGAGGUCCAUGCAACACUGCACAGGGGCUCUCGUGUCGUGCUGGGAGCACAGCUGCACAGGAGCCGUGGAAUAGUUGUUGGUUCAUGAAGCCAUGCAUCGAGGUGCCGCUCCACCCAGGGCUCUCCAGCCUUCCCCUUUCCAAGCUCCUGCUGAGUAUAAGACAAGCCAAUCCGGCAUGCAAAGGAUACGGGCAUGCAGGCUCUAGGCUGCUGCUUCUGUUAGUAAGUGCAUCUUGUUAGUGGAUUGAUGAGACACACUUAAAUCUAUAAAAAAUAAAUAAUCCUAAUCCUUCAUCAGGCUGGCCUAAGGAACAUUCAGCCUGACUGGAUAAACCGCUGCCCACCAGCCCUCAAAAAUCAGUAUAGCUCAAAAAAAUCA